AUGCGGGCAUUGCUGGGGAGCAGCUGGAGGAAGUUUGGACAUGCUGGCCGAGGCACGGACGAGUGGCUGACGAGCGAACCAAGCCUGCCCCUUCUGGAGACCCAGCUGCAGGGCACCCAGAGGGCGAGCUCCAGCCGAGAAGACGCGGAGCCCUUCCUGUGCAUCCUCCUCCCGGCCACCGUCCUGCUCUUCCUGGCCUUCCUGCUGCUGUUCCUGUACCGCCGCUGCCGGCGCGCACCACCCACAGGGCCGGUUUUCAGCGUUGACCUUCCAGAGCCCUCUGCGUCCUCCGGAGAGAUGCCAGACUUUCUGCCCGGCCUCCCGUGGAACAGCGAGCAGCACUUUCCCUACUCCCCGCUGCCCUGGAAUGCCACCAUGCCCUCGCUGUGUCCACCCCCGUCCUACGAAGAGGCCACCAGGCACAGCUCUAGGGAAGACAAGCCAGAUCCCACCCAUGACCAGACAGAGGGUCCACUGGGACUGGAAUAA